AUGUUCUGUGUUCAGGCAUGUCUUCUCGCGCUCGGCCUGCUGGCCUUGGCCGGGGCCGACUCAACAGGCACCACAGAGGUUGACAUCGUCUUCCCGCGCAACGACACCUAUGAGCUGAUGCCGCUUAUGCCCGUCGUAUUUGCCGUGCAGAACCCCGCCGCUGUCCAACACCUCUAUACGACUCUAGAGUACUUGGUGUGGCCCGAGGAGGGCCCUUAUAACGGUAGCUUCAAUGAGCUCCGCAUCGAUAUGGUCACCCCGAAUGAGACAACGCAAUUCCUCUCCGAGGGUAUCCCCAAUCUACUCAACACAGAAGGGAAAUGGGGUUUCUCCUGGAGGCUGAGAUCGACUAAUUGCUCUACGUCCGACGACGGUACUGCCUACAACGAUGACCACAUGACCGAGGACUAUGAUGGGUUUCACAGACGGACAUCUUGGUCGUACCAGUACUUCCGCUUUACCACCGCCAAAGGGGGCCGCCAGCCAAACCUGACUGCUAUCACUACCGGUGAGGAUUGUGGCAAGACACAGGGCAUUGCCUUCGAUGUUAAACAGAACCUGGAAGUUCCAUUUGCACUGACUGGCAAUGGACCCUCGUCGUGCGCUCUACUUGCUAGCCCAGCACCCACUCCUAGUCCUUGCCGAGCUAGUGUAGUACCGUCAAUCGCUUCGAGCAUCUCAGCCAGAAUCACCCAAGCUGAAUGCUAUGCAGCGACCCCCGCAGUCAGCUGCCCGCCUAAGAAAGACGGAGCUGCUGUCAACAGCCCGGGCAUUCAAGCGGCAUUGUUAGCCGGCCCAGCUUGGAUCCUUUACAAUGUUCUCUUCUAG